GAGAGAGAGAGAGAGAGAGAGAGAGAGCCGUGUGGACGUUUUAUUCUCUCAUUCCUUUUUCCCCCCAAUAUCAGCGAGUCUUUCCCAUCUCUCGCGCGUGCGCGUACUGCCUUCGCUUUUAACGGCCGCCCGGAGGAGCCGUUAGUCACUGGAGGAGGAGAAGAAGAGCCGUUUUUGGAGGGGGUCGGUAAUGCCGACCUAGUCGAGUUUGGCGGCUGUAACCGACGGCACCGUUAGCCGCUCUGUGCCCGAGCGACGACACCGGACCGAGAGGCUGAGGGGAGAGGGAGAUGUGCACUCAGGUUAUGAGCGCCUGUGGAGCUUGGUGAUUCGUAGUCACAGACAAGCCAAUGAGAGGAUGGCCAGAAGUCACAUGAUCUACAAAGCCCACAUCCAGCUGGUUCUGCUGAUUCUACUGAGUGCACUGCGGCUCUCACACACUCAGACUCCUCCUCGUUUCACUCGGACACCCACUGAUCAGACGGGUGUGCAGGGGGGUGUGGCCUCCUUUGUGUGCCAGGCAACAGGAGACCCUCAGCCCAGAAUCUCAUGGAGUAGGAAAGGGAAAAAAGUCACCAACCAGAGAUUUGAGGUGAUUGAGUUUGAGGACGGCUCUGGCUCAGUGUUACGGGUCCAGCCCCUGCGGACUCCUCGUGAUGAGGCAGUCUACGAGUGCGUGGCGUCUAAUGAGGCCGGAGAGAUCAGUGCUUCUACCCGCCUCACUGUCCUCCGUGAAGACCAGCUUCCUACUGGCUUCCCCUCCAUAGAUAUGGGCCCUCAGCUGAAGGUAGUGGAGCGCUCUCGCACGGCUACCAUGUUGUGCGCGGCCAGUGGCACCCCAGACCCAGAGAUCACAUGGUUUAAAGACUUUCUUCCCAUCGACACGCAUGCUCAUGGGCGUAUCAAACAGCUGCGCUCAGGUGCACUACAGAUUGAUCGCAGUGAGGAAACCGAUCAAGGGAAAUAUGAAUGCGUUGCCACAAAUAGCCAUGGAACCCGCUACUCAACACCUGCCAAUCUCUAUGUCAGAGAGCUGAGAGAUGUGCGGCGGGUCCCUCCCCGCUUCUCAGUCCCACCUAUGGAUUAUGAAAUUAUGCCAGGGGGAGGGGUGAACAUUACGUGCCAGGCAGUAGGUGUACCCAUGCCUUAUGUGAAGUGGAUGCUGGGAACUGAAGACUUGACCCCAGAGGAUGACAUGCCCAUCGGAAAGAAUGUCCUGGAGCUCACAGAUGUCCGUCAGUCAGCCAACUACACCUGCGUGGCCAUGUCCACUCUUGGGGUUAUUGAAACUGUUGCACAGAUCACCGUCAAAGCUCUCCCAAACCCUCCGGGAGCUCCAGUUGUAAUGGAGCGCUCAGCCACCAGUAUAACUUUGAUGUGGGACAGUGGAAACCCACUUCCUGUUUCUUAUUACAUCAUCCAGCAUCGGCCCACCUCCUCCCGCGACCCAUUCAAAGAGAUCGAUGCUGUGGCAACCACUAGAUACAGUGUUGGAGGGCUAAGCCCCUACUCACAUUAUCAAUUCCGGGUGAUGGCAGUGAAUUCGAUAGGGCGCGGACCGCCCAGCCCGACAGUGGAGGCUCGGACAGCUGAGCAAGCCCCAAGCUCGCCACCGCGCAGGGUCAGGGGUCGCAUGGUUAGUGCUUCAACAGCAAUGGUACAGUGGGAGGAACCAGAAGAGCCAAAUGGACAGGUGGUUGGCUACAGGGUGUAUUACACAUCAGAUUCAUCGCUGCCUGUUAGCCAAUGGGAGAAAGAGAUGGUGCGGGGAGCGAAUUACUUAAGCAUACCGGAUCUGACGCCAAACAAGACCUAUUACAUCAGAGUGCUGGCAUUUACUGCUGUGGGAGAUGGGCCUCUCUCCAAUGAUCUGCAUAUCAUUGCCAAAACAGGAGUACCUUCCCAACCCACUGAGCUGAAGGCAGAGGUGAAGUCAGAGACGAGCGUUCUGCUCUCCUGGCUUCCCCCAGCUCACAGCGGCACUGAUGCUAUCACUGGAUAUGAACUCAUAUACAGACAUGGAGACCAACCAGAACAGAAAAUCUCCUUUGAUCCAACCUCCAGUUACCUGCUGAAGAAUCUAAAGCCAUUCUCCACCUACACCUUCCAGUUAGCGGCACGUAGUAAACAUGGUGUUGGGGCUUUUACUGGCGAAAUCAACAUACAGACUCCACAAACACAACCCAUCCCCCCUCCCCAGGAAGUGACAUGCUCAAGCCCUUCCCCCAACAGCCUGUUGGUAACCUGGUCUCCGCCCCCUGCAGACAGGGAAAACGGGAUUGUAAUGGGUUAUUCCAUCCGCUACGCUGCCACAGAACAUGACAAACACCAGGUGCAGCACAUAACGAACAUCCCAGCUGACUGUUUCCGCUAUCGGAUCGAAGGCUUAAGGAAGUGGACUCUAUAUUCUGUGACAGUCGCCGCCCACACCGAGACAGGGCAAGGACCAGAGAGCCUGCCACUAUUGGUCCGCACCCAGGAGGAUGUGCCUGGUGCUCCACCUCGGGGCGUCGAUGUGGUGGUCCUAAACUCUACCUCUGCUAAAGUGUCAUGGAAACCUCCCGUUGCUGAGAGACAGCACGGAAAGAUCCGUGGUUACCAGGUGACAUACAUGAGACGCGCGUCCGGGGAGAGGAUGGGUUCUCCAAGAAUCAAAGAGCUCCUGCUGAGAGAUUCGCAGCUGCAAAAUGAUUCGGCUGAAUAUGAGCUCAUUCUGUCAGAUCUGUGGCCAAACACCGAGUACUCUUUGGCAGUGGCUGCGUUUACCUCCAAAGGAGAUGGAGCUCGUAGCAAAGCCAUCGUCAUCAGAACUAAACCAGCGCUGCCAGAUGCCCCAGCAUUGACGGUCAGUGUCACAUCUGUCAGCACUGCGCUGUUAUGUUGGCCAACACCCACUGCUGGCCUGUCACCAGUCCUGGGGUACAGGCUUUCUUACGGGAGGGCUGAGGACCUUUCAGACUCAUUUACUACAGUGGAGCUUGGGGCAGAUGAGCAGAACUACACUAUCUCAACACUCAGUGCUGGGGCCCUUUACCUCUUCCGUCUGGCUGCUCGUGGAGCCUGGGGUUAUGGCUCAUCUACAGAGAUCACUUUGGCAACCCCAGAGGUCACACCCACCACUACAGUGAUGUCAAAUAGGACCUCAGAAACAGCACGUACCUUUAGCUUUUUGCUCAAUUUAACGGCCGGCAGUGUAGGCUCAACAUCCCUCAGCCUGCGCUGGGAGGAGCCCAAAAACUUUGGCCCAAUUCAGGGUUAUCGUGUGUGGUACGCACUCACCUUCAGUAACGGGACGGACAUUGCCAUGGAAACAGAGGUGACGGAACCAGCUGUGGUUCUUACAGGGCUGAAAGCAGAUACUGAGUAUGUGGUCAGAGUGUGUGUUGUAAACGAAGACGGCCCAGGGCCCUAUAGUCCCCCUUUAUAUACUAGAACAGAGCCAAAUGAAGAAGUGUUUGCAGUAAACUUCCGUGUGAAGGCCGCUUUGAAGAGUUCAGCGCUGCUUGCCUGGGAGCCACGAACAUCACAAAAUAAACCCCACACUUGCAUUAUUACCUAUGGGGAUGGCCAGACCAUAGAGGUGGAUGGUAGACUCGGUCAGAAGCUGGUCACUAAAUUGAAGCCCCAGUCUCUGUACACCUUCCUCUUAACCAACAAAGCCGAUGGGACAGGGGGCCUCCAGCUUAGUGCAGAGGCCAUGACCGCUCCAAACCUGCUGCCCAGCAAACCCCAGCUUCUGGAAAAGACCAGCGCCCAGAGCACAGCCACGUUGCAGCUGCCCACUGUACAGGGACAAGCUAAUGUCAGGGGUUUUUAUAUUAUUGUUGUCCCACUAAAGAGGCAAAGAGGAGGAAACUUCCAGAAUCCAUGGAAUGAUCCAGAUGAAAUUAAUCUAGAUGAGCUGUUGAAGGAGAUCAAUGGCACAGGCCGUUCAGUACGUCUGCGGAGGCAGGCUGAGUUGAAACCGUACAUCAGUGCUCACUUCCAGAACCUUCCAUUGGAGUUUAAGCUAGGAGACGGACGUGUAUAUGGAGCGUUCCUGAAUCGACAGCUACUUAAUGGACAGGAGUAUGUCUGCUUUGUGCUGGCUAUCUUGGAAUUGGGACAGAAUACCGUGUGCUCAACCAGCCCAUUCUCUGACUCUGUGGUUUUUUCGGACGUUGAGCCACAACCAAUUGUAGAUGAAGAAGAGGGUCUUCUCUGGGUAGUGGGGCCAGUGCUGGCAGUCAUCUUCAUCAUCAGCAUUGUCAUCCUCAUCCUCCUCUUUAAGAGCAAACCAGACAGGAAGCGUGCGGAGUUGGAGGGUAGGAAAUGCAGCUUCCCCAGCAGCGGUAAAGCCAUGAGUUCUCAGCAUCCCUCUGAUCCUGUGGAGCUUCGCAGAAUCAACUUCCCAACACCUGGUAUGGCCAGUCAUCCACCAGUGGCUAUCUCAGAACUACCUAAUUACAUAGAGAGAAUGAAAGCCAAUGAAAAUCUGAGGUUCUCUCAAGAGUACGAGUCUGUUGACCCUGGGCAGCAGUUCUCAUGGGAGCACUCAAACCUGGAGAUUAACAAACCAAAGAACCGUUAUGCUAAUGUCAUCGCCUACGACCACACCAGAGUAGUGCUCUCCAACAAUGAUGGUCAACCAGGCAGCGACUACAUCAAUGCUAACUUCAUUGACGGUUACCGUCGUCAGGGUGCGUAUAUCGCUACCCAGGGCCCGAUGCCUGAGACGAUCAGUGACUUCUGGAGGAUGGUCUGGGAGCAACACACAGCUAACAUCAUUAUGAUUACCAAGCUGGAGGAAAAAUCAAGGAACAAGUGUGAUCAGUACUGGCCCAGCAGAGGCACAGAGACGUAUGGCCUCAUGCAGGUUUCUGUGCUGGACACCGUGGAGCUCGCCACAUACUGCGUCAGGACUUUUGCUCUCUUUAAGAGUGGCAGCAGUGAGAGACGUGAAGUCCGGCAGUUUCAGUUCACAGCCUGGCCCGACCAUGGUGUACCUGAGCAUCCCACCCCCUUCUUGGCCUUCCUUCGCAGGGUUAAAGCAUGCAAUCCUCCAGAUGCCGGCCCCAUCGUGGUCCACUGCAGUGCUGGAGUUGGCCGUACAGGCUGCUUCAUCGUGAUUGACGCCAUGCUGGAGCGAGUGAAACAAGAGAAGACAAUUGAUGUCUAUGGCCAUGUGACCCUGAUGCGCUCGCAGCGGAACUACAUGGUACAGACAGAGGAGCAAUACGUCUUCAUUUACGAUGCACUGCUGGAAGCCGUCACCUGCGGCAACACAGAGGUUCCUGCACGGAAUCUAUAUGCCUACAUACAGAGGCUCACACAGGCUGAACCACCUGACAACAUCAGUGGGAUGGAGCAGGAGUUUAAAAGAUUAGCCAACGCAAGGGCACACAACUCUCGAUUUGUGAGUGCCAACCUGCCCUGUAAUAAGUUCAAAAACAGACUGGUCAACAUCAUGCCCUAUGAGACCACACGGGUGAGCCUGCAGCCGAUUCGUGGAGUGGAGGGCUCAGACUAUGUCAACGGCAGCUUUAUAGAUGGAUAUAGGCAGCAGAGGGCAUAUAUAGCCACACAGGGUCCUCUGGCUGAAACAGCUGAAGAUUAUUGGAGGAUGCUGUGGGAACACAACUCCACUAUUGUAGUCAUGCUCACUAAACUCAGAGAGAUGGGAAGGGAGAAAUGCCAUCAGUACUGGCCGUCAGAAAGGUCCGCACGCUAUCAGUAUUUUGUGGUGGAUCCCAUGGCAGAGUACAACAUGCCCCAGUACAUCCUGAGAGAGUUUAAAGUGACUGAUGCUAGAGAUGGACAGUCCCGAACUGUGCGGCAGUUCCAGUUCACUGACUGGCCAGAGCAGGGUGUGCCAAAAUCCGGAGAAGGCUUCAUUGAUUUCAUUGGUCAAGUACACAAAACAAAAGAGCAGUUUGGUCAAGAUGGACCAAUCACAGUACACUGCAGUGCUGGUGUUGGGAGGACAGGGGUAUUUAUCACUCUGAGUAUAGUGUUGGAGAGGAUGCGUUAUGAAGGAGUGGUCGACAUCUUCCAAACUGUCAAAAUGCUGCGAACACAGAGACCAGCUAUGGUGCAGACAGAGGAGCAGUACCAGUUUUGCUACCGUGCAGCACUGGAGUACCUGGGCAGUUUUGAUCACUAUGCAACAUAAGCUUUCCCGUUUCUCUGGACCAACAGACCAUUUCCCUUAUCUGCCGUACCAAACCACUGUCUCCCAUUGCGCCACUGUCUUCACACUGUCAGGGCAAUUACACCUUGAAGCUGUAUUCUUGGGUUACUGGUUCACUUAAAGGCUACAUUGAGUUGAUCCACAUUUCGUUCAGUUCAACUUAGAGCUUCCUUAAGCUGAACUCAGUGAACCAACUGAGCCAGGAUUGGAGCGAGCCUCUGUGAUACGCUCGUUCAGAGAGCAUAAAACAACCUGCAGUGGGUAAUUGCAUGAAAGUUGACUCGACAGGAACUCCUAGGUGAAGUAUUCUGUCUAGAUUGAACAGUUACAGACGCUGUAGACAAAGCACCUGGGAGACAAGUGGCCAAACAAUUAGGAACGUUUGCUUAAUCACACUUUAAAAACAGUUUUGAUUAACAAAGCUAAGUGUUUUCCAAUGAAUUUUGCCACUGAUUUAUGUCACCAAUUGUAAAGUGGACACCACUAAGUCACUUGUGUCUGUGACUGAAAGAGAUUAGGACUAAUACCUAAUUGCUGAAGUUUUGGAGCUUGUGCCACUCCCUUGUGUUUCAGCCUACAGAGAACACAAUACACACAGACACGCACAUAUACAAAAGGAGAGGAUUGGCAGUCGCAAGAUAUUUGAAAUGCUGUGCAAUACUGAAUAUGAGUGCACCUUGAAUUUUAAUGGAAAGCACAUAGACUGGUUAAUCCACAGUGUAAUUAUAUUGUCUGUUAAUCUUAUACUGAAAUAUAAAAACUUAAAUAUAACUAUAUAUAUAUAUAUAUAUAUAUAUAUAUAUAUAUAUAUAUAUAUAUACAUAUAUAUACACAGUACUUAUAUAUAAUCACAAAGAUUUAUUGUUUUGGGUGGUAUUUAACUAUGAAAUGUUAAGUGAGGCACUGUUUUGUGCACAAAUGUUAAAGAAAACAUUGAUACAAAAAUCAAAUAACUAAAAGAAUUUUUGCUACACUUGACCAAACAGAGACACUAAGUUUUGAAGUUCACCUUAUCAAAACCUUUAUGGUGACAUGUUCAAUACAAUAACACAAAUGGUCGUUCAGCUGUAGUAGUGCCUUAUCAUAGUUUUAAAUGGUUCAAAUUUUGAUUCACUUCUGUGUACGUAUACCUGCAUUUUAAGUUAUAGACAACUUUGAUAAAAUACAAUUACAUGUGCCACAGGAAAUUUUAAUAUUGCUUGGGUAACAACAAGCUGUAUGUCUCACUAUGGUACAUAAACACUAUUGUUUUUUUUUUUUUUGGUUUUUUUUUUACGAAGCCAUAUUAAUCAACCCAAAUUUUAUGCUGCCAAGGCCUUUAGGAAUUAUUACUAUUUACAGUAUAUGCAUGCACAUUUUUGAAAGAACGUCAUGUAUUUGGCGCCAUUCAUGAAUUUUGAAAAGAAAUCAUUUGUAUUUAUAUAUUUUUCUGGUUCUUGAAAGUUCCUACAUGGCAGUGAUUCAUCAUAAGCAAUUACAUCAAAAAAGUAAACUUAUAUGUGUUUGACAUAACUGUAUUUUAUGUGGUGCUUUUUUUUUUCUUUCUUUUUUUUUUUAUUGUAAUCGUCCUAUAUUUUUGCCUUUCGGAGAGUGCGCAGUGUCUGAAAACACAUUCAGAUAGUAAGGUGCUGCUUCAUCCUUUUGUUUUGGACAUGUUCACUCUUUGGGCAUUUUCACAUAAGAGAUUUGGUAGUUUAAAAGGGAUUCCUGGGGGUUAUUUGUGUUCUAUAAAACGUACUUUGCACUAUGAAGAUGCAGAAACACGAGUUUUGUGGUUUCCAAUUUAAAGAGGAAUGCUCUCGUCAAUGGCAGUGUCAGCACAAAGACUUCUCUGGCUAUGUAAAAAUUUCAGAUCUUGCCAUGGAAAUGCUCAGCAGUCUAUUUGUGGAAUAGCCCAGAGAGAUCUGUGACACGGCCCUAUUUCACAAAGAGUUUCAGUUGCAAUUUAGGGGGCCAAGCACUCCAGGAAUCUGAUUGGCUUAAGAUAUGUGAAAAUGCUCUUAGUGUCUCUGUUCUCGACAGCGGCCAAUCCACACUAGGGAACAGCCUCUUUGGCGUUUUGGAAAUGACUGCACUCUUGUUCUAUGCACUAACCCUUAUUAAUUCUUCAGCACGGAAUGUUACUGAUGCCGUCUGAGAAGAAUAUCACUGUAUUGCUCACAGUGUGUGCAUGUUAAGAUAUAAAAUGAAUAUCUUUUGGUGUCAAAGAAUAAUGAGAAUAUACACUUGUAGUGUUAGCAUUAAAUGUUUUACAGGAGAAAGGAUGACGUGAUCGUAGUUCUCUCGCUAGUCCUCUGUCAGGAGUCUGGUAUAUUGAGAAAGAGGACGUACAGAGAUUCUCAAGGAAACAUGUUUUUACCAGGAGCCAAAGGUUUGGUUGAUUUCAUUUAAAUGCUCUGUUUGGCUCCCCUGCGACAUUCGACAUCAUUGUCCUCCCUUCCGCUUCCUUCUUUCUGCGUUUGUUGUGUUUCUCGAUAUCUCUGCAGUUGAAAUAAAUUUCUCAUGUUUCAGGUUCUGAAUUGCAAAAACUCUUACCAACCACCUUUGGAAUCAGCCUGUUAUCAUGCUGCAUUUAUUAGCUGAGUUUUAUUAUAUGUUUCAUUGUUUUCACUUUAGUUUUUUUCUAAAACGCUACAUCAGAAAUGUGAGUAUGCAGUUCAGUUUGUGAAACUAUGAUGUAAAACCAUGGCAGUCCAUGUUUCAUCAUGUGAAAAUGACCAAAUAUUCAUUUUAUUGCUUAUUCAUUUUUAUCACUUUGUCAAACGUUGAUGUGAGAGUUUCUGCAAUUUUACCGAUUUGUUAACGUGAACACAAGUGAGGCCUGUCAAUGAUCAUUUACCUCUGAUUUUGUAGUAAAUGUAAAUAUAUAUUAGAGAAUUAAUCUUAUGCUUUUUUUAUUUUCCUACUUAUGUUGUGAGGACAGAGUUGUGUGAGAAUACAGGGGUAUUCGUGGAACUCUUUAUUUGUUACAAAUAAACUGGUAAGAAAUGUGUAAGAAAUUUA